AUGCGCGCCGACUCCGGCGGCAUCCCGCCGCUGCGCCUGCCCAAGCUCUACUGCGAGCUGUACAACACCAACCUGCUCCUAAACCCCUGGCUGUCGCUGGAGGAGCAGCUGGCUGCACGGCGCAGCGACGGCGGCGACGUGCCCGGCCGUGGCAAAGUGCCGUGGCUGGCGCUGGGGGGCGGCCACCACUGGGCCUGGGGGGAACCGGCGGCCGAGGGCCUGACCACUGGCGGCGGCCCCUCCUGGCGCCCCGCAGGCGCUGUGGCCUCCAGCUACGGCUGGGCCCACAGCUGGCCGACGCUGAUGCAGGAGAUUGAUCUUGUGGCGGAGCUGGAGCGCCGCGGCGUGACCAGGGCCGCAGCCUGCGCCUUCUUGGACAGGGGGCCCGGUCUGGCGCUUGAGGUGUACACGGCAGCCAGGUUUGACUGCGGGGGGGAGUAUGAAGUCGGGCUGGCGCUGGACGGCAGGAGCGACCCGGUGCCGGUGGACGUGCUGGCACAGGUGUACUGGAUGGCGGGCUGCGCCGCCGUGUCCACCACCAGGCAGAUGGCAGCAGAGCCGCAGCGUUGGAGGCGCCAGGUGCUGCGCCUGGAGGCGUACCAGGCGGGAGUGCGGCGGGCCGUGGUGCUGCUGCGAGCAAGAGGCCAGCUCUUCUGGAGCGGCCAUUACGGCGCCAAGCUGAGCGCUCCGGCCCUGCGCUUCGUGGCGCCGCCGUGA